UGGGCUGGCAAAGACAUCACCGUCGAGUGCAUGAACUUUGUGAAGAUCCUGCACACCUACAACCGAACCCACCUGUACGCCUGCGGCACUGGCGCCUUCCACCCCGUCUCCGCUUUUGUGGAGGCCGGUCAGAACGUGGAGGAGCCCGUGUUCAAGCUGGACCUCCGGCACACGGAGGACGGCAAGGGGAAGAGCCCCUAUGACCCCCGGCAUGCGGCAGCCUCUGUCCUUGUGGGGGAGGAGCUCUACUCUGGGGUGGCAACCGAUCUGAUGGGCCGUGACUUUACCAUCUUCCGCAGCCUGGGCCGGCGUCCCUCCAUCCGCACUGAGCAGCACGACUCCCGCUGGCUCAAUGAGCCCAAGUUCGUGGCCGUUUUCUGGGUGCCGGAGAGCGAGGACACUGAUGACGACAAGAUCUACUUUUUCUUCCGCGAGACGGCAGUGGAGCGACAGCAGGGGCUGGGCAAGACCAGCUUUGCCCGCAUUGGCCAGAUCUGCAGGAAUGACGUGGGCGGGCAGCGCAGCCUGGUGAACAAGUGGACAACCUUCCUGAAGGCUCGGCUCAUCUGCGCCGUACCAGGACCUGAUGGCGCAGACACACACUUUGAUGAGCUUCGGGACGUCUUCCUGCUGCAGACAAGAGACAAGCGCAACCCCCUGAUCUAUGCUGUCUUCUCCACCUCCAGCUCAGUUUUCCAGGGCUCAGCCGUCUGUGUCUACACCAUGGCCGACAUUCGCCGGGCUUUCCUGGGCCCCUUUGCACACAAGGAGGGCCCCAACUACCAGUGGGUGUCGUACCAGGGGCGUGUGCCAUACCCCCGCCCGGGCAUGUGUCCCAGCAAAACCUUCGGCACCUUCGGCUCCACCAAGGACUUCCCAGAUGAGGUGAUCCAGUUUGCCAGGCACCACCCACUGAUGUACAACCCAGUGCUGCCCCACGGCCAGCGCCCCCUCUUCCUGCAAGUCGCUGUGCCCUACCCCUUCACCCGCAUCGCAGUGGACCGCGUCACUGCCGCUGAUGGCCACUACGACGUUCUCUUCAUCGGCACAGACGUGGGCACAGUACUGAAGGUGGUCUCGGUGCCCAAGGAGAGCUGGCACCACGUGGAGCCACUACUGCUAGAGGAGCUGCAGGUCUUCCAGGAUGCCUCCCCUGUCAUCAGCCUGCAGCUCUCUUCUAAGCGGCAACAGCUCUAUGCUGGCUCAGCCACAGCACUGGCCCAGCUGCCCCUACACCGCUGCAGUGCCUACGGCAAAGCCUGCGCCGAGUGCUGCCUGGCCCGGGACCCAUACUGUGCCUGGGAUGGCAGCACCUGCACCCGCUAUGUACCCAACACCAAGAGGCGCUUCCGCCGGCAGGAUGUCCGCAACGGUGACCCCAACGUGCUCUGCUCCGAAGACCCCCGUCGGGGCAGCGUGCCCCAGAAGCAGCUCUAUGGGGUGGAGGGCAGCACUGCCUUCCGGGAGUGCAUCCCCAAAUCCCU